AUCACCUUGCCACUGGAAUGGGGGGAGUUUGCUUUUAAAGGAACGUUUUAUGCUUUUGGUUUGGUUUUUUUUUUUGGAUAAGCGUUAUUAAAAUACAGGAAGGUAAAGUCAACAUUGCGUUUCUGAAUAUCGGUGUGAAUUCCGAAUAAAGGCGAGCAGCAGCUGGACCGCGUUGACAGAUUCGUUCUGUCUUCUCUGUGGAAAUAACUUGUUGUUUUGAAAAGACUGGAGGACACAGCAAUCGCCCAAAGGCCCCUCUCCAACGACGUUAGAAGCGCGUCGAAACUUAUCAGUCUUACUGGUGUUUGUUUGUUUUUUUCCCGCUGUUUUGGAUCUUCACGGGGGAUAUCGUUCUAAGGCACCAGGGAGACACAUUUUCACGGCAAAAGCACCUCCCUUAUGGACGACUGUAGUCCGCUCUCUCCCAAAGCAAAUGCUUUCAGUAUUGUCUCUUUGAUUUCAGCGGAGGUGGAAGCAAGAAACCCAGCGUUUGAGGAGCCUAGCAGUGGCCUGAAGCAGCAUUCCCAGCACCAGUGCAGCUACCGCUCUUCUAGAAUGCAUUACAGUACCGUCACCAGGGAGAUGGAAGCCUUCACAACGAACAGCUUGAGCAGCCUGAAUGCGCCUGGGAGUUACCACCUCUCGCCUUCCCCGGGAGACCCCUACAGCCAGCAUGAGCCGCACUACGAGCCCUGCUCCGCCGCACAACACAGCUACAGCUACUCGGGCUCCAAUCCGGCUCCGCAGCCCGACACCGGGACCUCCAACUGCGCUUCCUCGACCUCCAACUCGACCCCGAACAGCAAACCACCGGCGAAGAAGAACCCCAAAGUGGCGAACAUUAACGUGCAGCUUGAGAUGAAGGCUCUCUGGGAUGAGUUUAACCAACUGGGGACUGAGAUGAUUGUCACUAAAGCUGGAAGGAGAAUGUUCCCUACUUUCCAAGUGAAGAUAUUUGGAAUGGACUCCAUGUCCGAUUAUAUGCUGUUAAUGGAUUUCCUGCCAGUUGACGAUAAACGAUACCGCUAUGCUUUCCACAGUUCCUCUUGGCUCGUAGCGGGUAAAGCUGACCCAGCGACCCCCGGGCGGGUCCACUAUCACCCCGACUCCCCGGCUAAGGGCGCGCAGUGGAUGAAACAGAUCGUCUCCUUCGACAAACUCAAGCUGACCAACAACUUACUGGAUGACAAUGGGCACAUCAUUUUAAACUCCAUGCACAGAUACCAGCCGCGCUUUCACGUAGUUUACGUGGAUCCCAGGAAGGACAGCGAAAAGUAUGCAGAAGAAAAUUACAAGACGUUUGUAUUCGAGGAGACCCGGUUUACUGCAGUCACAGCGUAUCAGAAUCACAGGAUCACACAGCUGAAAAUUGCCAGCAACCCCUUUGCUAAGGGUUUCAGAGAUUGCGACCCGGAGGACUGGCCAAGGAAUCACAGACCUGGAUCGAUGCCCAUCAUGAGCGCUUUUGCCAGGACGAGAAAUCCAGUGUCCUCGCCUGCUCAGCAGAAUGGCACAGAGAAGGAUGGAGAUAACAGGCGAGAUUAUGAGAGAGACCCGAGUGGCACACCGAUCCACGGAGACCCAGCUCACCAGCUCAUGUCCCGCGUCCUGAGUCCGGGUCUCCCGGUUCCCGGCGGACUACACACCGUGCCUCUCAGCACAGGGAGACCCAGUCCACCACAUGAUCUGCGGCUGGACGCGCACCAGGCACCGGAUAGCCUUCACCAUCACCCGUACAAGUACCCUGCCACCUAUGAACAUUACCUGGGGGCCAAAACAAGGCCAUCGCCCUACCCUCUACCCGGUAUCAGAGGGCACGGAUAUCACCCUCACAUGAACCCGGCAGCUGCAAACAUGUACUCGGCAGCUGGCGCGCCUGCGAGUUAUGACUACGGUCCUCGAUAACAUAUACAUACAUAGUGAAGUAUACAACAACUCAACACAAUAUACACUUGGAAUGCAUGGUUUAAGUUAAAGUAUCGUUGUGUUUUGUGGAAGUGACGCCCCUGCAGAUGGAUUGCCCGGUGAACUAUACAUAUUUAUUAGGUAUGAGAAAGCAGCAGUGUGCGCUUAAAAACUAAACGCGGUGCCCGACUGGACUAUCAGUGGACCCGAUACCAAGAUCCAAGACUGGCGUCCAUCGAGUUCUUUAAACCUGGGACAUUAGCAGCCUUUCACCGAGAUGGUCGAGAGGAGGGGCAAGGACAUUGCUGUCAUGAGAUGACUACAGUAAUCGCUGCGAGGGAUGCUUGAUGAUAAUCGUAGACUGGAAUCUCUCUUUAUUCUGUUUUGUCAGAUGCACUUUUCUGCUUAAAAUAAGCCAUACCGUG